CAAUGAGAAACAAAAAAAUCAAUAAAUAUUGGUUUAAACUUCACAGAGUCGGAAAAUGAAUUACCGCGUUGUCGGUGAAUGCGCGGACAAUGAAUUAUGCUACCCUGUUAUGGUUUCUUAGAUCCAAUAUUUAGGAGUACAUGUUUCCAGCAGGGUGAGCGGCAAAAAUUUUUCUGCUGAUUGAUGUCUCUAGUCUGGACUGAUAAGCACGUCGCAGCUGAUAACAAUAUCUUAAUCGCUGCCGUUGGUCACACCCUUGUAUGCUACUUAGCACGUAAGAACAAAAGCUUUAGGUGAAAUCGUAAAGACAUUUGGUAUUUGAAUUAUCAUAAGACUAAUUACUAUUAUGUAUAAACCAGCUUUUAGGUUCUAAAAACCCCUAACAGAGAUGAUUAAAUAACAUCUAUCACUUGCAAAUUUUGAUUAAAAUGAUCGAAGUUCAUCAGGUUAUUGCCUUCAGUUAUAGGUAAUGUAGCCAAGUUUCUGUGGGCAUGUUUUUAUGAGGAAGUUUGUGAGUCAAGGCAAAUGUUUCUUCGCUUGUUUCACGGAAUCAGUAUGCCAUAAAAUCUCUCAAGCCUCUGAUAGACCUAGGAAUUAGGGCAUUUCGGAUCUCUAAUAAUUGGUUCUUGAUUGAUUGAGGGCAUUUAUUUUAGUGUUUCCAACCCAAAAGUUUGACAUUCGUCUUAAAAACAAAGGAGAAGAAAGAAAAGGCAACUUAAUGAUUGGAAACAUAUUACAUAUAUUAAUCUGCAUUCUUUUAACGUGCCUAAUAUUUCUUUCUUUUUUUACUUUUGCCUUUCUCAAAACUUGUAAGAUUAUGUUAUGGGUAUGGCUGCCCCAAACAUGGAAAUAACAGAAAAACGCGUUGAAUAGGAUGCAAAAACAGAAACAAUGUGCAAAGAAAAUCUGUCUUUCCUUGAUGGUAUGAACGCUUGUCUUGGUAAUUCUAAUAGUGUGAUCAGAGGCUUCGAAGAUGGAAUUUUUAAGAGUUUUCGGAGAUUGAAGACAUAAAAACAUAUCGGUAGAGAAGAAGAGAAAAAGGGUUUAAAAUAAGGGAGAUGAUGCCUGAAGCUUGGUUUUGUCUGAAGAGAUCAGUUAAGUGUAAACCAGAGUUGUCUGAUGUGCAGGAUCCCAAAGGCAACAGUAGUGAGACAAGACAGCCAUGCUUAUGUAGGUCCGGGUGUUCAAGAUCCAUAUCCAAUUUAAGAGAUGUCAUUCAUGGAAGCAAGAGACACACAGACAAGGCAGCAAUUGUGACAAGAGGGGUUCAACUUUUGUGGGAACCCUUAGGCCUGGUACACCUGGCCCUGGAAACCGCCUUAUGGAGCCCGUCUACAGUGGUAGAAGGUCAUUCGGCCUUUCAAGGACGAUCCUUGGGGGCCCUUCCUUUUCGGGAAGCAGCAAUGGCAUCUCUUCAAGGCCUAGGAAAUUUCUCGAUGCAGAGUCCCAAGGUUUUGUUUGCCAAAAAUGUGGUGAAAAUUUUAAAAAGUUGGAAGCCAUGGAAGCACAUCAUCUCUCUAGGCAUACUGGUAAAGUUCAUUUACGCAUGUAUACAUAUUUAUAUGCAUUUUUCAUUGAGAAUUUUUCUGGAAUUCCAAUUGUUUUAUAUUAAAGUAGUUUGGGUUAUUGAAAAACCUGACAAUCAUCUCGUAUGUGCAGUCACUGCACUUUCUGAAGGAGAUUCCUCCAAGAAAAUUGUGGAAUUAAUAUGCCAAACAGGUUUUUCAGAGUCUGAAAAUAAAUUCGGUCAUAUUGAAAGGAUAUUGAAGGUUCACAACAUGCAAAGAACCCUUGCUCAGUUUGAAGAUUACAGAGAAAUGGUAAAGAUUAAGGCUAACAAACUAUCCAAGAAACAUCCACGUUGCCUGGCUGAUGGGAAUGAGCUUUUGAGGUUCUAUGGCACAACUGUUGCAUGCUCUCUUGGCACGAAAAACACUUCAAGCCUAUGCACAUUGGAGAAAUGCGGAGUAUGUCAAACUCUAAGACAUGGGUUCUUCACCAAGAAGGAAUCCAACAUUUUCCGGGGUGUUUUUACUUCUUCCAAAAGUAGAAGAGCUUUUGAGUGUAUCGAGCUUGAUGAAGGGAACCGAAUCAACAGAUAUCUAAGGAAAGCUCUGGUAGUAUGCAGGGUAAUUGCAGGAAGGAUUCAUAAACCUUUAGAAAAUUUGCAAGAAAUGGAAGGUCAAUCAAGCUUUGAUUCGGUGGCCGGAAAAGUUGAUUGCCAUUCAAAUAUUGAGGAACUUUAUUCACUAAAUCCCAGAGCUCUCCUCCCUUGUUUUGUGGUCAUCUGCAAACCCUCAAAGCAAACUGCUGAAACUAUAACUUAGGUAGGAAUAGGAUUAAUCAAAAACAUAUUUUCUCUUCUCUGUUUGUCCACAUUCCUCUUCAUUGAGGCCUAAUUUCUUUCUCCAACCUUCCCCGAGGAUUUUUUUUUCAUAGAGUUUUUUGUGUUAUGAUUCGAUAAUUUAUAUAUUUGUAUGUAUUUGAUAAAAAAAAUACAAUACAGUUAUAUAAAUUAUCAAAUUAUCUUUUAAAAAAAAGUUACAAAAUUUGUUCAAUGGUAUUUUCGGCCACAUGUUAUCAU